GGUGCCGCCUGCCGCCGUGGGGUGGUCCUGGGCUGCCUGCAGAGGAGUGGCGACAGGGAAGGGACAGGACAUCCCUCCCCGCAGCCUGCCAGCACAGCAGGAUGGGUGUCCCGGUGCCCCUCGCAGACGUGCUUGCGGGUGCCUGCCUGGCUGAGGGGGUGCGGAACCCACCCCUGGCGCGGGGAGAGCGCACCCUGCCCACCCCCGGGGCCGCCUAGGCGGAGGGAGAGGGUGCCGGGGCUCCUUACCCCCCUCCUUUCCCCUUCCAGCCCCAACUUCUCCCCUGCGGGCGUCAGAGGGCACCCAGGACGCGGGGCCGGCAGGAGGGCAGGCUCGGGGGUCUGCGUUCCUCGUGGGGUGGGGGGAAGGGAGAAGAAAACAGAGAAGCAACAGCCUCCAGCUUUUCCCUUCCUCUAAUCUUGCUUCACUCCCCCUUGCUCCCUCUCCCUCCCUCUCCCCUUUCCUCUCCCCUUUCCCCUCCCUCCCUCUUUCUAAUUCCUGCCGCUAGCUCGGAGCCUCAUUCAGCAGCCGCUGCCAGUGGAGUGUAAUAGGCUGAAGAUGCUGCCGUGCCUGCUCGGUGUCUAGUUGUGAAUGGGACUUGCCUCCUCUCCCACCUCCGGAGGUGGCCGAGGGAAGGAGCCAGCCCCGCCGGACCCGCAGCCAGAGCUGAAGGUCUGGAUAAGUGACAGCAGAAAACCUACAUCUCCGUUGUCAUCAUAGUCUCAUUAAGUGGCAUUUCAAAUGUGUGGAAUAUGCUACAUAAAUUGGCAACAAGUUUCCAGUGGGUGAAGAAGAGUAAAGUGAAUUACACUGAAAGCUAAACCAAACAUCGUAGGGACCUUGUAAAACUUGGCUGUUCUGUAGAGAUUGGAGUACUAUGUGUUGGAAACCCCAUGGGAAUUAAGUUGGGAAGCUACAGAGCAUUAAGGUGAUGUGUUUAAUGUGUGGUGGCAUCCUAUGUGCAGAACAUUUUAUCUGAAACUUUUCAGUAGCCCCAAACUUCUUGACUUCCAAGGUGGAAGGGGUAGAUUCUUGGAUACUCCUGUGCCUACAAAAUAACCAAAAAUGAAGGAGGACAAUUGUUUACAUGCCGCUCUUAUCUGCCUGGGUGUGCUGUAUUACAGCCAUGCCGUAACUACAGACAAACUGAACCACGCAAGGCCAUCACUUCAUGGUCACCAUGAAAAGGGAAAAGAAGGACAAGUUCUGCAUCGUUCAAAAAGAGGCUGGGUGUGGAAUCAGUUCUUUGUUAUAGAAGAGUAUACAGGACCAGAUCCUGUACUGGUAGGAAGGCUUCAUUCAGAUAUUGAUUCUGGAGAUGGAAACAUUAAAUACAUUCUCUCAGGUGAAGGAGCAGGAAUCAUUUUUGUUAUCGAUGACAAAUCAGGGAACAUCCAUGCAACAAAGACACUGGACCGGGAGGAGAGAGCUCAGUACACUCUGACAGCACAAGCUGUAGACAGGAACACUAACAGACCUUUGGAACCACCUUCUGAAUUCAUUGUUAAAGUUCAAGAUAUAAAUGACAACCCGCCUGAGUUUCUUCAUGAAAACUACCAUGCCAAUGUGCCAGAGAGAUCAAACGUAGGUACAUCAGUUAUUCAGGUAACAGCUUCAGAUGCUGAUGAUCCCACCUAUGGGAACAGUGCCAAAUUGGUUUACAGUAUUCUUGAAGGUCAGCCGUACUUCUCGGUGGAAGCUCAAACAGGAAUUAUCCGAACUGCCCUUCCAAAUAUGGAUAGAGAAGCUAAGGAAGAGUAUCAUGUUGUAAUACAGGCAAAAGAUAUGGGAGGACACAUGGGAGGCCUCUCAGGGACAACCAAAGUGACAAUUACACUUACAGAUGUCAAUGACAACCCACCAAAGUUCCCACAGAGUGUGUACCAGAUGUCAGUGUCGGAAGCAGCUGUUCCAGGAGAGGAAGUAGGAAGAGUGAAGGCCAAAGAUCCAGACAUUGGGGAAAAUGGCUUAGUAGCUUACAGCAUCAUUGACGGAGAUGGCAUGGAUAUGUUUGAAAUUACAACAGAUUACGAGACUCAGGAAGGUGUUGUAAAGCUUAAGAAGCUCUUAGAUUUUGAAACCAAAAAGUCCUACAGUCUGAAGGUAGAGGCAGCCAAUGUACAUAUUGACCCUAAGUUCAUCAGUAAUGGGCCAUUCAAGGACACAGUAACAGUGAAGAUAUCAGUGGAAGAUGCCGAUGAGCCACCUGUAUUUUUAAAGCCAAGUUAUGUUUUUGAAGUACAAGAAAAUGCAGCAUCUGGUACUGUGGUUGGAAAAGUGCAUGCCAAAGACCCUGAUGCUGCAAACAGUGCUAUAAGAUAUUCAAUUGAUCGUCACACUGACCUUGAAAGAUAUUUUAUUAUUAAUGCAGAGGAUGGCAAUAUCAAGACAAUAAAAGCUUUGGAUAGGGAAGAAAUUGCUUGGCAUAAUAUCUCUGUCUUUGCAGUUGAAGUCCACAAACAACACCAGGAAGCCAAAGUUCCAGUUGCAAUUAAGGUCAUCGAUGUCAACGAUAAUGCUCCAAAAUUUGCAGCAGCCUAUGAAGCGUUUGUUUGUGAGAAUGCUAGAAGCAAUCAGCAAUUUAUUACAAUUAGUGCUGAUGACAAGGAUGACUCGGCCAAUGGACCAAGAUUUAUCUUCACUUUACCACCUGAAAUUAUUCAUAAUCCAAAUUUUACACUCAGAGACAACAGAGAUAACACAGCAAGCGUUCUUGUUAGACGUGAAGGAUUUAGUCGCCAAAAGCAAGAUUUAUACCUUCUUCCUAUUGUAAUAAGCGAUGGUGGAGUCCCCCCUAUGAGCAGCACCAACACCCUCACCAUUCGGGUCUGCGCCUGUGACAGCAAUGGCUCCUUGCUCUCCUGCAAUGCAGAAGCCUACAUCCUCAAUGCUGGAUUAAGCACCGGAGCUUUAAUUGCCAUCCUUGCUUGCAUUGUGAUUUUGUUAGUUAUUGUAGUGUUGUUUGUAACACUGAAAAGGCAGAAAAAAGAACCUCUGAUUGUUUUCGAAGAAGAAGAUGUCCGAGAGAACAUUAUUACUUAUGACGACGAAGGUGGAGGAGAAGAAGAUACUGAAGCUUUUGACAUAGCUACGUUGCAGAACCCUGAUGGCAUCAAUGGAUUUAUUCCUCGUAAAGACAUAAAACCUGAGUAUCAGUAUAUGCCAAGACCAGGGCUUCGGCCAGCUCCUAAUAGUGUUGAUGUUGAUGAUUUCAUCAACACCCGAAUACAAGAGGCUGAUAAUGAUCCGACUGCUCCUCCUUAUGACUCUAUUCAGAUCUAUGGCUAUGAAGGAAGAGGCUCAGUGGCUGGUUCACUUAGCUCCUUAGAGUCAGCAACAACAGAUUCUGAUUUGGACUACGACUAUCUACAAAAUUGGGGACCUCGAUUUAAGAAACUUGCAGACUUGUAUGGCUCCAAAGACACUUUCGAUGAUGAUUCUUAACAAUAAAGUUUAAGAUUUGGCCUUAAGAACUGUGUCCAAUGUUCUGAAGAAUCCAGAAGAAAUGUAAGCAGGUAUUUUUUUAAAAAUCAAGAAAAAUCUCAUUUAAACAUUUAAGUUUGACAGAGAGGAUUCCUUUGAUAAAAAAGGACAUAAAAGUGGUAAAUACUGUGAAGUACCUUUUCCUACAAAAGGCAAAUAUAGAAGUUGGCUGCCAACUUCACUAAAGGAAAAAACCCACUUAAGAAAUACAAAAUAUUUAAAUGAAGGAAAAUGCUAAAUGUGAACCUACAAAUAAGGGAAAUCUUUUAUGUAUUGUGAACAUCUAAAUCUUUUAUGUCAAAGAAGCUUCCACAAAUUAGAAAAGAUAACAGUUCUGAGCUGUAAUUUCGCCUUAAACUAUGGACACUCUAUAUGGUAGUGCAUUUUUAAACUUGAAAUAUAUAAUAUUCAGCCAGCUUAAACCCAUAUGAUGUAUGUACAGUACAAUGUACAAUUAUUAUGUCUCUUGAGCAUCAAACUUGUUACUGCUGAUUCUUGUAAAUCUUUUUGCUUAUACUUUCAUCUUGAACUAAUACGUGCCAGAUAUAAAAACUCUGUCUUGUUGCGGUGGGAGGCGCCCUAUUUCUAUGUCAUUUUUAAUGUAUCUAUUUGUACAAUUUUAAAAUUCUUAUUUUAGUAUACAUACAAAUAUCAGUAUUCUGACAUGUAAGAAAUGUUACAACAUCACACUUAUAUUUUAUGAACAUUGUACUGUUGCUUUAAUAUGUGCUUCAAUAUAAGAAGCAGACUUUGAAAUAAACUGAUCCUUUUUUAAUUCUUGUUCUGGUUAUUAAGCAUAUAAGGAAAAACAUAGUGUUUCUAAUGUCCCAUUUAUAGUUCUGACUAAUUUACUACAAUUGUGACCUUUUAAUAGCCUUAUUUAUUAUGUGUUUGUAGUUGGUUUGUUGCCUUGUUAAGUGAUUAUUUAAAAAUCAAGUACAUUUUACAAAUGUUUUUUAGAUUAAAAAAAAUGUAAUGUCUGGUGAACAUUUUGUACCCUCUAUCUACAGCUUGUGGCUGCUCCCAGAACACAGUAAUAAUCUGCAUAUAAUACUACUGUGUUUUCUGGAUAAAAUUAAGUGUAACACUUUUCAGUAUUUCCCAUGUAAUAUGCAUUUAUCUUAUAUCUUAGAAAUUCCAGAGGUUUCAGAAAUGACUUUGUAAGUGGACAGGAGUAUUCUGUACUUACAAUUUACUCCAGGCUUGUGAAUUUCCGUAUCUGUGCUAAGCUUCUGCGGGUUCUAGAGACUUAAAUCUGACCCAGUUUAGCUAUAAGUUCCCUAAAGAUUAUUCUACCUGACAAUUACCUUACCUGAGUAGUAAUUAAGAUUCUGGCACUUUUUUUUUUUUUUUCUUUUGAUUUUUUUUUUUCCAUUUACUGCAGUAGAAUAGCAUCGUCUACUGAUAGGAAGGCAUUUUAAUUUGUGAUGGCAGAAAUACAGAGUGCUUUCAGAGUUGUUCUUUGUAAUGUAUGUUUUUAAUCGAAAAAUGAUCUAUAACUUUUUAUAUUAGUUCAGAAUGAGCAAGGGAUUGGAAUAUGUUCUGCGCAUCAACAUUUUCAGCAGCUGUGUACAGCUGUACUUCUGCUAAAUUUAAUAUAGUUUGCUGUUUAGGGUCAGAGAUCAGCAGCUGCAAUAUGGGAAGAGGCAAUAAAUAGAAAUGAUAUACAUUUUUCUACCGUUCAUUUUACAGACCCUGUCCUUCAUUUGCAGUCAGAUACCAAACUGCUCGAUCUGAGAGGAAAUCUGGUCUGUUGGUGUAUUGCUUUUCUGAAGACCCCCCAUAUAUGUAGUUAGAUUAAAAUUUAACUUGUUAAAAUUAUGAAUGAUGUUUCAGCUCUAUAUUCAUAACAUAUUCACUUGUCCCAUUAUAUCCCUAUGUUUUAUAAGGCAGAGUUUGCUAAAUCAGCAGAUUUGCUCUACAAUGUUUAUUGUAAUAUUUCACCUUAUUAUAGCUGUAUGCAUUCUAUAUAAUUCUAUAGUUUAUUAUUAACUUGGUUCAAAUUUCUUUGGUUGUUGAUUUUUCUCUGUUUAUAAUCCAAAGAAUAUUUUGCUAGAUUUGCACAUUUCUCCAUUAUAAAUUUAAAUAAACAUUAAAAAAUGAAAUGAGUAUCAAUUUACAAAUUAACAGAUUGAAAUAAAGUUAAAAAAGUCAUUUGUAGGACUCCAUCCUCAUUGAUGCUAUCUGGGUUUAUUUCACUUUUGAGCAAGUUUUAGCAUUAAUAACUGCAUUUUCUACAUUUUUAUGUUUAAUUUUUAAGAAGGACAUUGUCGACUACAUUUUUUAAUAGUUUUAAAUGCUUUGAGUUUUAGUCUCUAUUGUUUGUAGCACUCUCAUAGAUGCUUGGAAAUAAAUUUUCUUUCCCUGCUG